AUGUCUAUCCAUUACACGUUCAAGUGGUAUGUAUAUCUUGCUUCGAUGGGCAAUUGAGUUUGUUUAAUCCUUGUCUUCUUCUCCCUUCUGUUUCCCUACGUUAUUAUUACUCAUUGGAGGUUCUUUUUUUUUGUUUUGUUUUGGUAACCAGGUCAACAAUCGACUCACCUCAACUCGACUCAACUCAAUUCAGUUCAACUCAAUUCAGUUUGGAUAGCUCUUUUGACUACUGUCCCGCUCCAGAGUCAGUUGACUGUACUUUGUAGAUAUUCCACCGCAAUUGAGGAGAGAAAGAGAAGAGAUUUUUCACACCAAUUGCACUGCUUGAAAGUUUCCAACCGUUGUAAUACUAACAGAAGUGUCUCUUUUUUUUUUUUUGUUCAGGCCAAAAGGUCCCGAGGCAGUUACUGUUACAGGUACAUUUGAUGAUUGGUCAAAGUCGCUUCCCUUGGUUAAAGAGGCCGACGGCUCUUUUGCAUUGCAGGUUCCACUUCCACCUAAAAAGGAAACGGUAUUAUAUAAAUAUGUUGUUGACGGCAUUUGGAAAGUAAACACUGGUGAAAAAAUAACUAGAGACGAGGAAGGAAAUGAAAACAAUGUAUUGGCCCCCGAAGAUUUGGUUGGUUUAUUAACUGUCCCAGGUGCAUUGAUACCAGAAACUGGCUUGCAAUACGAAUUGGCUCACGGGGGUGCAAUGACUGAUCAUCAUACUACUGAUACCGACGCAACACAAGAUUCAACUUCAAAAGAUUUGAAAACAACCGUGUUGCCAAAGGAAGAACCAAAGCAAGCUUCUCUCGCUGGCGAACCGGGUAUUUAUAUUCCGCAAGAUAAGGAGACUUUAUCUGCUUUUGAGAAGUUUGAAAAUACCGAUCCAAGGACUUUGAAUGAAGAUGUUUCUGAAAUUGGAACUGCAAACACCGGUGAAACUUUGCCAGCAACCCCUGUUGUUGUUUCAGAAACAGUUUUAGCUGAAGUCAUCACGCCACCAACCACAGGCGCGUUGGCAGAAGAGCCUGCAGCUGGAACCGAAAAGGAGUUGAGUCCUGAAGACAAGGAAAAACAGAAAAAGAAGGUCAAGAGAACCAAGUACAAGGCCAAGAAGAAGGCCAAGGCUGCUGAAGCCAAUGGUACUGGCAUCAAAGCAGGUGCUGAUGAAUCUAAAGACAUUUCAUCGCAAGCCAUCCCAGUUGCUGCUGUCACUGGAAAUGAAGCCACUAGUGCAGACUAUGUUGGAGAAAUUCCUCGAGUUACAGAAAAUGACCUAAGAAAGGAAUCACUUGCUAACGACCAACUUGAUAAAGAAGUUCGUGAAGAAUUUGCGCAACAUCAUGACGACGAAGAAGGAGACGAAGACGAAGACGAAUACGAAGAUGACGAGGACGAGGAACCAGUUCGAGUUCCAGUUAGCCGUCUUCAUAAAGGUGAGGAAGAAGGAGAAGAAGAAGCAGCAGCAGCAGACAAAGACAAGAAUGACCAUACUGCUGCGAAAGUAUUGGGCGGUGCUGGUUUAGGUGGCCUUGCUGGUGCAGGUGUUGGCCCUGCACUUGGAUCUUCAGAACCAACAACAAGCGGCGAUGCAAAAGCAGCAGACCAACCUGUUGCUCCAUUGUCAGCAACCGACAAACCUGUUUCCGCAGCUGCAUUCAAGGAAGACACUUCCCCCAUCGUUGCAUCCGAUGACGCUCCAAAGACAUUAGACCCUAAGGCUACCCCUACUGUCACGUCGAACCUCGACCUGGAACCACUUGUGCCACCAAAGACUGGUUCAACCAUUCCUGAAACCGGCGAAGGUAAAGAAGUCGAUGCGUCUCCUGUUUCCAAAGAUGUGUCUAAACCAGCUGCAGUCGCCACAGGCAAGCCAGUUACAGAUGCACACCCAGAACAAGAAGAGGAAAUCAUCGUGGCCAAGGGCGACAAGAAGGAUAUUCUCGCAGCUGUUGAGGCAUCUGAAGGCCCCAACAUCACUCUUGAAGAGAUUAAACCAACCAAAUCGCAAGAAGAGUUGUUGACAACCGAAGCAAAACUCGCAGCAGAAGUUGAUGGUCCAAUCACCAUUGAGCCCGUCGCCGUUCCUAAAGAAACCGUUGCCUCGGUUGAAGAAGAGGAAAAAGGAAAAGAUUCAGCAACCGAUGCUGCAGGUGCUACCGGCGCUGCUGCUACACCAACUAAAGCUACGCCAGCAGCAGCAACAACAAAAGAGACUCCAAAGAAACCAACACCUACCCAACCAAAGAAGGAAGCAACAAAGACACCAGCCAAGAAAGCCGUUGCUAAUGGCACCAAAGAAAAAGAGGAAAAGAAAGGUGGCUUCAGAAAGUUUUUGAAGAAGGUUUUCCAAUAA